AUGGUUGAAUUUAUUCCUCUUCCCGAUCCUCGUGCCUUACUUCCACCUCUGCUGGCAUGCCUUCCAACGGCUUUUGUCUCCUCGCAACCUCCGCCAGCUCUCCUCCCGCUCUUAUCACCCAUUUUGCGCCAAAGAGUACAGAUCUUCAGUUCAGUGUCUACAUCGUCAACCAAAUCAUGGAUUCGAUUACUCUGCUGGGACUCUGAGAAAGGGGACCGGCUUCAAUCUCUGAUUGACGGCGCCACCUUCGAGCCUCAUCCAGUGUCCGGGGAGAUUGAGUUGCCUGACGAUAUUCCGGUAACCUAUAAAAGGGUGGACGAGGAAACACUUCAGUCACGUGUGCUAGUACCGGACUAUGAAUUCAAGGUCGUGUAUCUCUGGUGCCCAAAGGAGGAAUCCCCCGGCUGGCGUAUUGCUGAAGUUCUCCCUCACCAGGGUUUAGGAGAGGAUGACGGGACUUGGUCCGCUUCUAUCGGCGAAGCAAAUGCAAUUGCGCAAGAGAAGUUGGUGGAUGACGCUCUAAAGGCAGCGGAGAAGGAUGACCGGACAGCACCUUCCCAGGAGGGAGAGGACGAUGAGGACGACGACGACUACUGGGCCCGAUACGAUGCUACGCCCGGACGCACCCCUUCAGUCAAGAACCCUGCUCCACCUACCUUAACAUCUAUGCUGCAGCACCAGGGCCCAUCUGAGUCGUCGUAUUUUUCUCAGUACGACGAUGUGCAACCCGUGAUGGACAGUCAUGAUCCGGAUGAAGAGAACCCGGAGCUUGGGCCAACAUCACUUGGCGGAGAUAUACUUGCGGAGCUUGCCAAACGCAAUGAGGAGAAUGAGGACUCGGCGUCCCCCGAAACUACGAACCAGACAAACGGAGCACCGUUAAGCCAUCCUCGACCGGAGUCCGCAACCUCUUCGAACUCAGAGGCUGUAUCGAGGUUGGAACAGGAAGCUGAGAAUCAGUCCACGUAUGAAAUAGGGGUGAAGCAACACAUAGGCUCCAAUAUCAAAAGCCUGUUCCGCCUUGCCAAAGCGACGGGUAUAUCUCGAGCCGAUUUCCAAUCGUUGGUCAAGACCGAGCUGGAUCUCUUGAACUUGUCUGACGACGAUUGA